UGCUCUCAACUUUUGUCAAAAGUUUUCAGGCACUUUAAAUAACAGUGCGAUCUGCUUCACUGCAGUUUAUAGUCGGGGAUACGAGGCCCAUUGGUUUUAACGGGAACAUAGGUUUAUAUAUAACAGCACGUUUAUGAAAGGCAUGAGGGAGAUACUCUUAUUAUUAUUAUGUGCCUUCACGGGCACCCUGGCCCAGGACCCUGACCUGGCACAUGGCUGCUCUCAGGGAAGCUGCUACCCUGCCACGGGAGACCUGCUGGUGGGCCGGGCCGAGAAACUCAAGGCCUCCUCCACCUGCGGCUUGAGAAAGAAAGAGCCUUACUGCAUAGUCAGCCAUCUACAGGAUGAGAAGAAAUGCUUCCAGUGUGAUUCCCGGCGCGCCUACGACGACAAGUACAACAGCAUCAGCCACCGGAUCGACAACGUCAUCACCACGUUCAAGCCGCACCUCAAGAAGUCUUGGUGGCAGUCUGAGAACGGGAAGUCGGAAGUGAGCGUGCAGCUGGACCUUGAGGCUGAAUUCCACUUCACUCACCUUAUCAUGACCUUUAAGACUUUCCGCCCUGCUGCCAUGCUGAUUGAGCGCUCUGCUGAUUUCGGACGCACCUGGCAGGUGUAUCGCUAUUUCGCCCAGGACUGCGCGUCAGCGUUCCCCGGAGUCUCCACGGGUCCCCUUCGCAAGGUGGAUGACAUCCUCUGUGAGUCCCGUUACUCAGACAUUGAGCCAUCUACAGAGGGAGAGGUGAUUUACAGAGUGCUGGACCCUGCCAUUCGCAUUCAGGAUCCCUACAGCCCUCAGAUUCAGAACCUGCUAAAGAUCACCAAUCUGCGGGUGAACUUUACCAAGCUGCAUACCCUGGGGGAUAACCUGCUGGAUUCGCGUGCGGAGAUCAAGGAGAAGUAUUACUACGCCAUGUACGAGCUGGUGGUGCGCGGGAACUGCUUCUGCUACGGACACGCCUCUGAGUGCGCCCCCAUCUCCGGCAUCCGAGACGACAUCGAGGGCAUGGUUCACGGCAGGUGUGUCUGCAAACACAACACUCAGGGCCUGAACUGUGAGCAGUGUGACGAUUUCUACAAUGACAAGCCCUGGAGACCGGCUGAAGGGAGGAACACCAACGCCUGCAAGAAAUGCAACUGUAAUAGCCAUUCCAACCACUGUCACUUCGACAUGGCGGUAUACCUGGCGACCGGGAACGCGAGCGGGGGCGUCUGUGACGACUGCCUGCACAACACCAUGGGCCGCAGCUGUGAGAUGUGCAAACCUUUCUACUACCAGGACCCCACCCGUGAUAUCAGAGACCCGUCCGUCUGUGUGGCCUGUGAUUGUGACCCCGACGGCUCUUUGAACGGAGGGAUCUGUGACGGGCAUGACGACCCCACUCAGGGCAUGAUCGCUGGGCAGUGCCGCUGCAAGGACCACGUGGAGGGCCCACGCUGCGACAAGUGCAAAUCCGGAUUCUUCGGGCUGAGCAGCGACAACCCCAAGGGCUGCCAGCCCUGCCAGUGUGACCCCCGUGGUACUGUGAGCAACGGCCCCCAGUGUGACACCAUCAGCGGAGACUGCUUCUGUAAGCGCCUGGUGACCGGCCGCAGCUGCAGUCAGUGCCUGCCGGAGCACUGGGCCCUGAGUCAUGAUCUACAUGGUUGCCGAGCAUGUGACUGUGAUGUGGGAGGAGCUACUGACAACCAGUGCUCCAUGGAGACGGGGCAGUGCCGGUGUCGUGCGCACAUGGUGGGGCGGCAGUGUAGCCAGGUGGAGUCCGGAUAUUAUUUUAUGGCUCUGGACCACUACACCUAUGAGGCUGAGCUUGCACGACUAGGGCAGGGCUGUGCAGUGGUGGUGAGGGAGCCCCAGCCCAACCGCCCCCCCACCUGGACCGGCACCGGCUUCGCACGAGUCCCAGAAGGAGGCAAUCUGGAGUUCCAGAUCAACAACAUUCCCUAUUCCAUGGAGUACGAUGUUCUGAUCCGAUACGAGCCACAGUUCCCUGAAGAGUGGGAGAAGGUGCGAGUCUCAGUUAUCCGGCCCGGUGCGAUCCCGACCAGCAGCCCGUGUGGAAACACCAUCCCUGCUGACGAUCUGCUUGUGGUCUCCCUGCCUCCCUUGUCCAGGUAUGUGGUGCUGCCCCAGCCUGUGUGUCUGGAGCGUGGAGUCAGUUACACCAUCCGCAUGGAGUUUCCUCGGUACACCUCCAGGGAGAGAGUCCCCAACGCCAACAUCCUCAUCGACUCGAUGGCGCUGCUCCCCCGGUACUCCUCUUUGGAGAUGUUUAUCGGCGGCGACCCCGUCUCCAUGAACCGGAAGGAGAGCUAUGAGCGCUACCGCUGCCAUGACAACAACAAGGGCGUGAUCAGGCCGCAGCCUACUGAUAUCUGUGCUAAACUAAUCAGCAGCCUGUCUGCCACCAUCCACAACGGAGCUCUGACUUGUCAGUGUGACCCUCAGGGCUCCAUCAGCUCGGAGUGUAACCCCAACGGAGGGCAGUGUCGCUGCCGCCCCAACGUGUUCGGCCGUCGCUGUGAACAGUGUGCGCCGGGGACCUACGGCUUCGGGCCUGGAGGAUGCAAACCAUGCGAGUGCAGUCUGGAGGGGUCUCAGACCCGAUUCUGUGAGCCGCUCAGCGGUCAGUGUCCAUGCAGCCCGGGAGCCUUUGGCCUGCGUUGUGACCGCUGUCAGCCUGGACACUGGGGCUUCCCCAACUGCCGUCACUGCCAGUGCAACAGCCACGCUGAGGAGUGUGACCAGAGGACCGGAGCCUGUCUGACCUGCCGGGACAAUACAUCCGGGGACAAGUGUGAGAGGUGUAUCAGCGGUUACUAUGGAAACCCUGUGCUGGGUUCAGGAGAGCAGUGUCGCCCCUGUCCGUGCCCUGAUGGGCCCAAUAGCGGACGCCAUUUUGCUUCUUCAUGUCACCAGGACAAUCGAAACAGGCAAGUCGUCUGUAACUGCAACCAGGGAUACACAGGAAUGGUUAAGCGAUCAAAAGGAAGCUUCCAGCGUCCCCGUUGUGAUGAGUGUGCCCCUGGUUUCUAUGGUAACCCCUUGCAGCCUGGUGGCCGGUGUCAGCCCUGCCAGUGUAACAACAACAUUGAUAUCUCUGACAUGAACGCAUGUGACCGACGCACAGGGCAGUGCAAGAAGUGCCUCUACAAUACAGAGGGGCCUAACUGCGGGCUCUGCCAUCCUGGUUACUAUGGAGACGCGGCCAGACGCAACUGCAGGAAAUGCACAUGUAACUUCCUGGGCACUGACCGCAGACAGUGCAGCUCUCGUGAUCAGUGUGAGUGUGACCGCAGUAGUGGGCAGUGCCAGUGUCUGCCCAAUGUCAUCGGCCAAAACUGUGACCACUGUGUGGCCAACUACUGGAACCUGGGCAGCGGGAAUGGCUGUGAACCCUGUGGCUGUGACCCCAACAAUGCUGUCAGCCCCACCUGCAAUGAGUUUACUGGACAGUGCCAGUGUCGCCAUGGUUUCGGAGGGAAGACGUGUCAGGACUGCCAGGAAAACUACUGGGGAAAUCCCAACGUGCAGUGCAGAGCGUGUGACUGUGACCCUCGCGGGAUCGAGACCUCUCAGUGUAACCGGGUGACGGGGCACUGUUCCUGCCGGCAGGGCGUGUCGGGCGUGCGCUGUGACCAGUGUGCCCGGGGCUUCUCUGGCCAGUUCCCGGAUUGUCAGCCCUGCCACCAGUGCUUCGGGGACUGGGACCGGGUGGUGCAGGACCUGGCGAGCCGCACUCGAGCGCUGGCGGGCCGCGCCCAGGAGAUCCAGGAGACCGGCCUGACUGGCACCUACGAGAAGAACUUCCGCGAGCUGGAGGAGAAGCUGGCUGAGGCACGGGUCAUCGUGAACGCGCGCAAUGCCACCGCCCAGGCCAUCACCGACCUCAUGAAACUCAUCAACCAGCUCCGAAACAAGAUUGAUGAGACAACAGGCUCUCUGGACAAGAUCGAGAGGGACCUGACGAGCGUGCAAGACAGCAACUUCGCAGCGAGCAACGAUCUGAGCGCUCUGGAGCGAGAGACCCGGGCUCUCAACCUGUCUGCCAGCAAGCUCGGACAACAGCUCGACACGCUCAAGAACUCUAACUUCCUGGGUGCCUAUGACAGUAUCCGCAGCUCCUUUGAUAAGUCCCGGGCUGCAGAGCGCCGCGCCAACGAGUCCACUGUCACCACGCCCAGCACUGUCAGCCAAUCCGGCGACACCCGACGCAAGACCGAAAGGCUGCUGGCUGAAAAGAAGAACGAUUUCAACAAGAAGAACGCGGCCAACAAGCGGUCCUUGAUCGACCUGGCUGCCAAGGCUGAGACUCUGGACAUGAAAAAAAUCAACGAAAAAGUAUGUGGAGCCCCCGGUGACGCCCCCUGUGCUGAGAGCCCUUGUGGGGGAGCGGGUUGCCGUGACGACGAGGGAAACAGGCACUGCGGCGGUCUGAACUGUAACGGAGCGGUGGCAACGGCGAAUAAUGCUCUGGAGAGAGCCAAGUAUGCAGAGAAAGAGCUGAGCAAGGCCAUCAGUGAGGUGGAUGAGCUCUUCCAGAAGGUGGCCCAGGCCAAAGUGAAAGCUGAUGAGGCCAAAGUGAGGGCACAGGCAGCGCUGGACAAGGCCAACGCCACCAAGGCUAAAGUGGAUCGCUCUAACAAAGACCUGAGAGACCUGAUCAAGCAGAUCCGUGGCUUCCUCACGCAGGAUGGGGCGGACCCUGACAGCAUUGAGAUGGUGGCCAGCCAUGUCCUGGAGCUCUCCAUCCCCGCCUCCCCACAGCAGAUCAGACACCUGGCUGAGGAGAUCAAGGACCGAGUCAACAGCCUCUCCAACGUGGACGCCAUCCUGGAGCAGACCAAUGACGACGUGCGCAAAGCAGAGCAGCUUCUGCAGGACGCCAAGAGAGCCAGGACUCGCGCAGAGAGCGUGAAGAACACGGCAGAGACGGUAAAGCAGGCUUUAGAAGAUGCUCGCCGGGCACAGGCCGCUGCUGAGAAAGCAAUUCAGCGAGCCAAGAGCGACAUCGGUCAGACUGAGGACAGACUGGCACAGAUCCAGUCAGAGACUGCUGCCAGUGAGAAGAACCUGAACGAUGCCAUGGACCGCCUGGGCAUGCUGGGUGGACAGAUCGAGGUCCUGAAGACCAAGCGUGCCAACAACAGCCUGGUGGCGUCCAGGGCAGAGGAGACAGCCACCAUGGCACGGGACAAAGCGAACGAGGCUAAGCAGCUCUUAGAUGGCGAGCUCACUGACAAGUACAGAACGGUGCAGGACCUCGUCGACAGGAAAGCCAAAACCGUCCAAGAGGCCAAACAAAAAGCAGAGAAACUGCGAGACGAGGCCAAGAAGCUACUCAAGGAGGCCCAGAACAAGCUGCAGAGACUGAAUGACCUAGAGAUAGAUUACGAGGAGAAUGAGAAAACGCUAGAGAGCAAAGCCAGGCAGCUCGACGGACUGGAGGACAAAAUGAGAGGGAUCCUGAAAGACAUCAACCAGCAGAUCCAAAUCUACAACACCUGCCAGUAACACACGCUCACUCACAGCCAGCAACCACACUAGGGCACUCCCAGAGCUUCUGAACAACUGCUGGCCCUGCAAAUGGUGCCCCCUAGUGUUACAGAGGCUUUACUCCAGUCAGAAGCUCCAGCGUUCACACUUAGUUUUUAAUAUGUUCCUUUUUUUUUUUUGUGGUUUGGUGUAAACACAGUCCUUAAUCAGGCAAUAGACCUUUGGCUGAAAUUAGAAGUACAGUUUCUGGCUAAGAGAACACCCCCUGGGAAGCAAGUGAAGUGUUGACCACCAGACACAAUAUGUGUCAAUCAAUAAAUAAAUAUGUAUUACUUUUCAUGACGCACAUGCAUCAACAUAUGAAAUGAACAGAAUGAGAGAAAAGAAAUAGGCAAGUGUAUGUUAUAAACUAUAAUAAUAAAGUAACUGCAAAACUAAAUUAGCACACCACCCCUACACAUGUUAAAAAAUACAACAGUAGCUCUAGAUUAAUCAUGAGUACAUGUACAAUAUUCAAGACAUGCACAAAAUUAUUUACCAGAAUGGUGAAGCGACUCACCAGAACGGGAAACACCAAACUGCUCAGUGACUUGUGUCUGAUUCAGGUUUUUUUCAAGAGCUUGAACAAUUUGUUCAAUUUGUUUACAUGCCAUUCUGUAGUGAUGAGGUGCACUCAUGAAUAUCAGAAUACAAAAAGAGGCAAUGAUAAAAGACGAAAAUAUUUAAUAAACCAAUCAGUGUGCCUCAAGACACUCUCGCGAUGAAGUCACUUGAAAAGAUUGAAUAUCCAUUUUAAUUUAAGUUUGAUGAUGAUGAAUUAUCAGGUUACAAAACAGUACUGUAUUAGUUGUGAAUGAAUCACUAUCGCUGCCAAAAAUGAGUUAUUUCAAGCGAAGUUCCUGUUCCUUUAGGUGGAGCAUUUACAAUGGGAAAAAUCUGUUUCACCACAAGGGUGUUCUCUUAGACAAAGUGUUCUCUUAGGAGAUGUCCCUAUACGCGGAGACUACUGUAAUAAAAAAAAUAGCUUUUGAAAAACGUGUCUUCAUGUCUUCUUUUAGAGGCAAAAAACAACAGGUGUACAAAAUAAAGAAUUCUCUCACUUCCGUAUCAUUAAUGGGAUUUGGUUUCCAAUUCUUUGUCUCACAUUGAUCAUGCAAAAAGCCCUUGUGGGGAAGUACACUUUUAUAGAGAAAAUGUGGCUAUGAACCAUGAUGAGCUCAAACGUUUAAAAAAUACGUUUUAAGGAUAUAAUGAAAAAUGGAAACAAUACAAGCAUUGGGAAUUCCAUGAAUAAUACUGUACAUGGAUGGGAGUUGUUUAAUGAUGUACACCCUACUGUAUGUCCUGCCUUUAAAGUUCCUUCAGCCAAGAGUCUCAAUUGAAGCCUUGCUGAGCUGAAGAUGUUAACUCGUACCAACCUUUCAAAUAUACUUUCAAGAAAAUAUAAAUUAUUAUUCUAUAGCAUAUGGCAAGAAAAUAUUUUUAACAGGUGCCAGCUAUAGAAGAUAUUUUCCUCAUGGAUCAGAUAUAAUAUAUAUAAUAUGUGAUGUCAACAAUGUGAGUUACCAUCUUCUUACCCAUAAAAUAGGACUUUAAGUUGCUAUGUUGUAAACAACAUAAUGGAGUUUAUUUGGUCAACCUAUUCACUGUAUGCUGUUUUAGAGCGUUUUACAGCACCAGUGAAUCCACCUGGAUUUCAUCACCACUUAUUUUAAGGAAUAAUCCUAGAAUAACCAAGGAUGUAAUCCAGGGUGAUUCCCCAAUGCUGUAAAAUGCUCUGAAAUAAUCCAGCUGGCAUACUGGCAGUGUACAGGGUGAUCAAAUCAACCCCAGUGUCAGAAAAUACUUGUAUUGUGUAAGCAAUCCAAAACUGGAUCCCUGCUAAUAGUGAAAGAAAUACUGUUCUGCAUUCUAUAGUUUGUACACCAUAGUUUUUACUUCUCUUCUUUUUGUUCUGGACAUCCAAUCAAAGGGUGUGUAUUUUUACUGUUGUUAAAGUGCUUUUUACCAGAGAGAGAGCAGGUAGGCUGGAGUAUAUCAGUCUUUGAUAAUACAGCAUAUGUUUUCUUUCACUGUUGGCAGGACAUGCGGUUCCCUUUUGGCAACGGUUAUUAAUGACAGACUAGUAUGUGUACCUGCCUUCGCAAACCUUAUUCCUUCCAGACAGACGACUAGGAUCUUGACGAACCUUGUCAACAUUCUCAAAGCUUUUUGCUCCAAAUUGUUAUUAGUGAAAGAAAAAAUAAAUCGUAAUUAUAAAACUACUGUAACACACUUAAAUGUUGUUUAUUUCUGGUUUGGUGACGAUUUGGGUAAAAAAAAAACAUUAUUUUUUGUUGUGUUUUAACAUUUUAAUUGGAUUUCUCUAUUGAUAUAUUUUUUUUUUUUUACGUUUUUUUUUUUCUUUGAAUUUUUCUAAUAUAAAUAUUUUUUCAAGCCUGUUUUGGUGUAUUAUAGUCUAUGAUAGUUUCAUAAACAUCAAACUAUCUAUCCAAAACAAAUGCAAGAUUAAAAAGAGAAAAAUAAAGGCACGAUUCUUUUAGAAAUGUUUUGGUUCAGCACAGCAAGUAAAUGAGUUAUGAAGGAGACACCUCUGUCUGGAGGAAUAAGAUUUAGGAUGCAUGCUCUUUAGAGGAUAAGCUUUUGGAAACAUUAACAGUGUUGUCAUUGGCUCAGCUGGGAAACAAACUGGGACACACUACUGUAGAUCACAAGCUGUAAUAAUAUUUCCAUGGUAGAAAUCUCAAGAAUGUUCAGGCUGGUUCUCUGAGCUUUUAAUGCAAAAGAGAAAAAUGACCAUUAAAUGCCUUUAAAGAUCCAAUAUUUCAUAUUACUAACAUAUUACAGUGUAAUAAAGCAUAGUGAUAGCAUAGUAAAAACAAAGGUAAUAGUAAAUCCCAGAGAGGCAUGGCAAAGCAUGUACAUAAACAUGGCAAACAUAAAACAUGCAUAAAAAGUUAUUUAUCAGGUAUUUUAAUACACUGUGCACUAUAUCAUGGAAUAAAAGCUUUUUCCUCUAA